AUGGAGAGUAAAAAAAAUUGUAUUAUUUUUUCGUUGUAUAGUGAUAAUAAGAACCAAAAAGGAACAUUACGUUAUAUUUCUUUUAAACUCAUUUGCUUAAGUUUAUAUGUAAUUGGAUUUUACUAUGUUUUUCUAAAUACAUCUUUAGAGAACAAAGGCUUACAAAUUGUUAAUAUUAGAAAUGUAUAUGAACGAAAUUUAGGUGAAGCAGAAAAAGAAAGUAACGAUUCACAAUGGAAAAAGAAUUUGAAAGUUAAAAAUGAAGAUGAAAAUAAAACAAAAUCUAAUGGAAAUAUUAAAAGUAAUGAACAAAAUGUAGAGGAAAAUAAACAUAGUAUUAAUCAUGAUGAUGAGAAUAAUAAUGUGGAAAAAAAAAGUAAUAGUUCUACAAAUAAAAUAAAUUAUAAUGAUAUGUCAAAGAAUUUAACAGAAAAGGAAUUAUUUGAUGUUUUAAAUUCAUUAAAAGAAUGCCCUCCAAAAGAAGAUCUUAGAAAUAUAUGGAAUCACACACUUGGUGUUGCAAAAGAAGGUUUGGAUAAUGUAUAUCUACAGUUAAAGGCAUCAAUACAAAAAUAUUUAGAUGAUGAUUUUCUUAGGCCCAUUAGUCAAUCAACUCGUAUGGUGUUUGCAUAUAACUAUAGAUUGUAUGGACAUAUUUUCAGAUUAAUUCAAGCAGUAGGAUAUAAAAAGUAA